GGCACAUCGGGCAGGACUCCGGGCAGAGGCACAUCGGGCUGGACUCCGGGCAGAGGCACAUCGGGCUGGACUCCGGGCAGAGGCACAUCGGGCUGGACUCCGGGCAGAGGCACAUCGGGCUGGACUCCGGGCAGAGGCACAUCGGGCUGGACUCCGGGCAGAGGCACAUCGGGCCCCCGGGCGGGCUGCAGCAGGCACAUCGGGCCCCCGGGCGGAGGCAGGCAGCAGCAGGCACCGGGCCCCCGGGCAGAGCAGCAGGCACCGGGCCCCCGGGCGGAGCACAGGCACCGGGCCCCCGGGCGGGGCGACAGGCAUCGGGCCCCCAGGUGGAGCGGCGGGCGCCGGGCCCCCAGGAGGGCGACA